AUGCCCAGAACUAGCAGAAAAGGAUCGCCAGAUCUCAAAUUCGAUAUCGCGGCCCCUUGCGGCUGGUCCUAUGCGGCUGGCGAUACCAUCAUCGGCAGUCUCGUCCGCCACACCCCCAUCGUCACACCCGAGGCAACAAUCAUGCUAAGCCUGCUCGGUCGCGUUAAGACCAAGAUCACCGAGAGCAAAUCCAACAAUUCGCGCACGCACUACCGCAGCGACGCGCUCUUGGUGAAAACCGAUCGAGUUAUCCUGUCGGGCCAGCCUCUGCACCUUGCCAAGGGCAGCGGGGCACCCCUUUGCUGGGAGUUUGCGGUCGACAUCCCCACCGAACUACUCCAGUCGGCGAGGCAGGGCUUUACGCCUAGGACUAGCUUCGUACCUUUGGACCGCGACCAUCCAGCGCACCACACGCUGCCGGGGUCGUUCUUCUCCUCGCGAGACGGCAUCACCGUCUCAUCAAGUGGUUUUAUCGAGUACUAUCUCAAGGCUCACCUUCGGUAUACCUACAAAGGUUCCAGCAAGACAAUCGAGGCAAUAUGGCCUUUCCAGCUUAAUAGCCCAGUGGAGGGUACAUCUGAGCAACUCUCGAAGUUGAACUGCCUCUCUGUCUUUCAGAGUAUUCAGAGCCAGCGCCUACUCCCGGGCAUGCAACACGCGGAUCUCAGUUUCAAGCAAAAGACGCAAAAGCUUUUUGGUUCUUCGAAGGUGCCGAAGCUUGCGUUCAACAUGAGAAUCCAUUACCCCACGGCUAUCCAGCUUGAUAAUCCACAACCGAUCCCAAUCAUUUUGGAGAUUGUGCCGCUUCCAGAUCAAACGAGUUCUUCGAUCAAGGACCAAAGUAUCGUGAUUAAUUGGGUUAGAAUGUGUCUUCACCAGCGCACAUCCGUCCUCGCACCGAGUAAUUUUCUCACAGACCACGCGCACGACGACCAUCACUCGUCUUCGGCGAACUUGAAUCUGGAGUCAGCCUUCCAACGCCUCGAUUCGCCUCUGGUGAUGAGCACUGGGGAAAAGGGCGAGAAGAAAGUCAACAUUGGUGAAAUGUUCCAGUUGCGACUUCGCUCGAAUGCGAUGACUUCUGGCUCUCGAGAUCUAAUUUCUGUCGCACCUACUCCUGACUUUACCACUUACAGUAUUCAACAUACUAAUGCGAUAGAGUGGAAGGUGUCGUACUCUGUUGUGGGGGAGACGGAGACAGUUAAGACUAGCAGUGCGUUGAAGAUCAUUGCAGCAGAUUAA